AUGGAACAAAUAAUGGAAGAGCUCAGAAAAUUAAAUGGAGCCAUCAAUGCUCAAAUUGAACAAAGCAAACGGUUUGAAAUUCGCCUAGCAAAACUAGAGGCUCAGUUCAAUACACCACAACCGCAGGUAACAAAUUUGGCAGCACCGAAAAGUGAAGACGACCUGAAACAAAUAUCGAGACUUCCGGACUGUGUCAAAGAUUUACAAACCUUUGAUGGCGAUGCAGUGCAGUAUGUAUCAUGGGUGCACAGCGUAGAAUCAAUUCUACGAGAUUACGAAGUUGUCAGAAACAAACCCAUAUACAGAGCAAUAUUACAAGCUAUUAGAGGAAAAAUUAGAGGUAGAGCAGAUGCAGCUCUAAUAUCGUACAACCUGUUCGACGAAGAAUGGGCCGCAAUCAAGCAGUGUUUGUCCCUGCAUUAUGCCGACAAACGGGACAUACGCACAUUGGAGCACCAAAUGAGCACACUGACGCAGGGAAGAUCAACCAUAGAUGAAUUCUACGCCAGAGUCAACCAUCAAUUCUCCCUCAUAAUCAAUAAGAUCAAGACCGAGAAUUAUACAAAAGAAACUAUAGACGUAUUGAUAGAAUCACAAAGAAACAGAGCACUGGACGUAUUUAUCCGAGGGCUCAAUGGGGAAUUGUCCAGGUACUUGAUGCUUCAGAAACCGUCAACUCUGCCAGAAGCAUAUUCAACGUGUCUAGAGCUCCAGAACUAUAGUUGCCGAAACUUCGCUAUACACAACAGGAAUGAUAACAACAGAAUCACUGUACCAUUCAACAAAAUGUCCAUGAAACGACAACAACCAAGUGCUGGGAACCCAAGGUCGUAUCAACCAGAACAGCCAUUAACAGUGGAACAACGGAACUUGGCUUACAACAUUCAACAUCAGAGAGAAUCGCAACCUCCACCUAGACCGCCAAAACCGUUAGAGAAGAUGGACGUUGACCGAUCCAUACAAACACGUCAGGUUAAUUAUAUGAACCGGCCAGACAACUACAGGGGAAUAUACAAGAGGCCACCAUCAGUAGGCAACAUGCCUAGCAAUAAGCACCAAAGGCUAUUCAAUAUGGAAACACUUGAAGACGACGUAGAUGACCACCCAGAAGAAUGCAGCGAAUAUGACGAAGAACCAGCAUAUGCAGAUGAUGAGGUUCAAGAACUCCUAAAAUUUCUAGUCGACACAGGAGCUAAUAAAAAUUUUGUAAGAGAAGAGAUCGCGACAAAUGCCAAACCAACAACAAAACCAUUCAAGAUACGUUCAGCUGGAGGAGAUAUAACAAUCACCAAGAAGAUCGGAGGAAGAUUUUUUCAGAGUCUGGGAAACAACACCUUCAUUGAAUUUUUCGUUUUGCCAGGAUUGAAGACCUUUGAUGGUAUAAUUGGAGACGACACGCUUAAGAAGCUCGAAGCCAUUAUAGACAGAAAGAACAACACCUUAAGGAUCAAGCCAGAUAUAAAAAUUCCGUUAAAGGCAAAGGCAUCAGCUCAAGUCAACACCAUCGAAAUCAAGGCAGACCAUUUACCGAAGGCAAUCCAAGAAAAAAUUAUGGGAAUAAUAAGGAAAUACGAGAAAAUAUUUGGCCCAAUAAACGACAGGGAAAUAAUAGACACACAAGUGAAAGCAGAAAUUAAAACUACUACUGAUGAUCCCAUAUACACCAAGUCAUAUCCAUACCCAGCCAAUAUGAGGAAGGAAGUAGAGGAACAAAUCAAAAAGCUGCUAGAGGAUGGAAUUAUCCGCCCUUCGAAAAGCCCUUACAACUCACCGAUCUGGGUAGUAGCCAAGAAACCCGACUCAUCAGGUGUGAAGAAGUAUAGAAUGGUUAUCGACUUUAAACGACUUAACGCAGUAACGGUACCAGACACAUACCCUAUACCGGAUAUUACAAGCACACUAGCAAGCCUAGGCCAGGCCAAAUUCUUUACAACAUUAGAUCUGACAUCCGGAUUCCACCAAAUCAUGAUGCACAAAAAGGACAUUCCCAAGACGGCUUUUUCAACAAUGAAUGGAAAGUACGAAUUCCUAAGACUACCAUUCGGGCUGAGGAAUGCGCCUUCAAUAUUCCAACGCAUGAUAGAUGAUGUUCUAAAGGAUCAGAUAGGCAAAAGCUGCUACGUAUACAUCGACGACGUUAUCAUAUAUGGAAAAACGGAGGAGGAACAUUUAAGGAACAUUGAAACGAUUUUUAGCAUAUUGGAAAAAGCUAACCUGAAGGUCAACCUGGAAAAAACAAAAUUCUUCAACACCGAGACAGAAUUUCUUGGAUAUAUAGUCACAAGCGAAGGAAUCAAACCCGAUCCCAGAAAAGUGGCGGCCAUUCAGAACAUCAUGCCACCGACAAAUUUGAAGGACCUAAAAUCAUUCUUGGGACUCACAUCAUAUUAUCGCAGAUUUAUUCAAGAUUUUGCAAAAGUGGCGAAACCACUAACGAGCUUAACAAGAGGCGAAAACGCACAAAUAAAGGCCAAUCAAUCUAAGAAAGUUGGAAUCAAAUUGAAUGCAGAAGAGUUAAAGGCAUUUAACAGGCUGAAAGAAUUACUUAUAUCUUCAGAAGUCCUAAUAUUUCCAAAUUUCGAGAAGCCGUUCAUCCUAACAACCGAUGCUUCCGACACAGCUAUUGGAGCGGUGUUAUCACAAGGUGAGAUUGGAAAAGAUAAGCCAAUUACGUACAUUUCCAGAUCGCUCAAUACCACGGAAGAAAACUACGCCACAAAUGAAAAGGAAAUGUUGGCGAUAGUAUGGGCAUUAGACAACUUGCGAAAUUAUUUGUAUGGGGCUAACAAAAUCAAGAUACUUACAGAUCACCAACCACUCACUUUCACCUUGAGUAAUAGGAAUCAUAAUGCAAAGCUCAAAAGAUGGAAAUCAAAAAUUGAGGAAUAUAACUACGAGCUGAUAUAUAAGCCUGGGAGAACAAAUGUUGUCGCGGAUGCACUAUCCAGGCUGCCAACCGAAGUAAACAGCUUAUCAACAAGCUCGACCGAAACGGCAAGCAGUUCAGAUGAGGACAGCGUAACGGAAACAGCACAUAGUGGCGAGGAGGACAGUUCUGAUCUCAUACCCCACUGCGAGACGCCGAUAAAUGUCUUCCAGAAUCAAAUCAUUAUAAGACAAGGAAAAUACAUAGAAGCACACGAAGAACCACAUCCAAGACUAGCAGUCACUAGAAUUACAGCAUUUCCGAAAAUCUUCGAAUUCAAAGGCGCAAUAGCAACCAUUAAACAAGGACAAGGUCAAAUCUUGGAAGGAAAUUUCAAUUUGGUGCACAUCAUUGAUUUAAAGAGCUAUGACGAGGUUAUACAACAAAUCAUUCCUUUGGUUGAUGGAAUCAACUCGACCAGCAUAAUGAAACCACAGUUAGAACACCAACUGGCUCAAAUAAUGGAAUUUCUGACUAAAUUGAGAAGCAGCAAAUCAAGAGUUCAACGGUCAAUAAAUUGGAUUGGUACAGCAUGGAAAUGGCUGGCAGGAACACCAGACGCCACAGACUGGGACAACAUCGUUACAAGCCAAGACAAGCUGAUACAAAAUAAUAAUCAACAGUACAAAAUAAAUCGUGAAGUUAUGAGGAUAACAAACCAAGUAGUAGAAAGAUUUAACCACAUUUUGGAACAUGUAGGGAACUUAGAUCAUCGAUCCGAACAAAUAAUAUUUAACAAACUUGGAAUCAUAAAAGAAGCCUUGGGAGAAAUCGUGUUAGCGACAGAAUUAGCAAAAAAUGGAAUUGUCAACACAAAUCUUCUUAGCAGGAUUGAAAUCCAAAAAAUACUGAAGGAGAUCGAUACACUACCCUACGUCAACGAAAUUGAGGCAAUAGAAUACGCAAAACCACAGGUAGUAACCAAUGGACGAGAAAUUCUCUACAUAUUAUCAAUACCGAAGACAGGCAACCAGUACUAUGACCACAUUAUAGCGAGAUCAACAAUCCGAAACUCCCAACAAGUCUACCUCGAAUAUCAGGAACUUCUCGUGAAAGAUGACGUAUAUGGCAUAUCGACAAAAUGCGAGAAUUUAAGAAACAUCACCAUAUGCGAAAGAA